GAAUCCGUGCAAGCUAUUGCGUCGUUGCUUCUCCAAUUCCCUUCUUAUCUAUUGGUGCCCGCCCCUCAAUGGGUAGAUUCUCUCCUUCAACAACCUCAUAGCAUCCAACAUCACUCACCAUGGCGGUGCACAUGCAACCGGCUGGUGGUCAUACCAGCUCCGAUAGCGAAGACCCGUCUCUUCGCGAUCCCACCCGGGAGGAUGAAGCAUACGAUAUGGUUGGGGUCAGUAUUAGUCGAACUCAGAGUCGCAUGAAGGCCCGUCGCACGCCAGCUGCCGAGAAAUCCCGCGUGAUGGACCAGCAGGGCGGAUACUUUGAUGCCAUUCCCGACUCUCCCGAAUCCGACAGUGGUCUCUUUGCUAGCCAUCUCACCCAAGAACCCGAACAAAUGCAAUCCUCGCAACCGCAUCCUGCGCAACCGCAUCCCUCGCGAGGUGCCAAGGAGAAGCUGAAAGACCAUCGGAGCAGCUUUACGCGCUCUCUCCUCAAGACCAGUCUGCCGCUGCGCCCUCGGGCCUGGUCCGGCGACUCCAUCACCAACCUUCGUCUGAAGAAGUUCCUACCGGACUCGUGGACGAAACGCAUCGCCAGCCAGCCAGCGCCACGCAACGUCAAGCCUGCUCCCGGGCCGGCGCAGAGACGAUCUUUGACCGACGAGUCCACGGACGAGCCCAUCUCCGAUCUCAAGCCUUUGGCGGGGGCCACCGCCGCCCGCCAUUCGUAUGCACGGCGGCCGAGUGCUGCCGUCUCGGGCAAAGCGCCGCCGAUGUUGCGGCGCUCAUCCUCUGAUCAGUCGCUCUAUCUGCGACGCUCCUCCACAGCCUCCUCGCUGGAACAGCGCCCUCGUUAUGAGCAUAUUCAUUCCCAGGUAAAUAGCCGCUUCAAGGCCAUCAAGGACAGUCUGCAGGACUCCAGCAGUCGACUUUUAAGCAUGCCCACCUUGCACCUGCAAGAUCUCCGCAGCGACUGGGGCUAUCGGCCUUUCCUCUCCGAGGUCUCCCAUCCCCGAAAGGUCCACGAGGAGGAGCCUGUUGCGCCGCAUGAACAACCGCCAGCUGACCCGACGGGACCCUCGUCGCUGCCACCACCACCACGCACCCGUUCCCCGCGAUCUAGCUCCAGUGCCCAGCACCCUCGCCUAGCUGACGCUAUGGAUGAUCUGACGGGCGACGUCGUCAUUCUAGGAGGCUAUCGAGGCUCAGUUCUGCGUUCUGCCAAACCUCCGCAGCGCCAAUUGUGGGUACCGAUGAAGGUCGGCUUGAACCUGCGCAAAGUCGACCUCGAGGUGGGUCUGAACCCGGAAGACGAGGAACGGAUGGAGGAGACCAUCAUACCGUCCGGAGUCUUGUCGCAUGUCGGGCCCGUGGACAUCUGUCGCCGCCUGAUGAAGCGGCUGCAGAAGUGUCCCAACUCGACGCGCGGGGAUCUGCGCGUCUGGGAUUACGGCUACGACUGGCGUCUGAGUCCGCACCUCCUGGCUAAACGGCUGAUCAAGUUUCUGGAGGGCCUUCCAAGCAAUGCCCCGGGCACGCCCCGUGAAAAGCGCGGGGCAUACGUGAUCGCUCACAGCCUGGGAGGGCUGAUCACGAGACAUGCCGUCAACCAGCGGCCCGAAUUGUUCGCUGGAGUUUUAUACGCUGGAGUACCGCAGCACUGCGUCAACAUCCUCGGGCCGCUGCGCAACGGCGACGAUGUGCUGCUGAGUUCGCGUGUCUUGACGGCUCAGGUCAACUUCACCUUCCGCACCAGUUUUGCCUUGCUGCCCGAGGACGGGCACUGCUUCAUCGACCAGCGCACCAAAGAAGAAUAUCGGGUCGACUUCUUCGACGCGCAAACCUGGGAUGAGUAUCGACUAUCACCGUGCAUCAACCCGGCCCUGCCGGUGAGUAGCCCCAGCCGGGGCUUCGUGAAAGACAACCUUCCUCUUAUCAGCAAACGUCUCUCAACCGUCCUAAACAGCAAAGAAAGCCUUCCGAGCAGUGGAUCGGCUUCCUCAUCUGAUGGCGGCGAGGCAUCCAACUCUUAUAAGCCAGCACCGAACCAGAGUGCCAACCCACCGACCGCAGCGGCGAUGAAACCCGCCCCUGUGGCGCCUCCCGCCGUCGAAGGGGCUAUUGGCCCCAACUCUAACCUACGCGGUUCGAGCAACACCAAGGUCACCACCGCCGUGACCAUCCCGCGGGCCACCGCUAUUACCUACCUCGAGCGCACUCUUGCCGAGGUGCGACGCUUCAAGGAAGAGUUGGUCUUCGAUGCCGCGCAUCAAGCGAACAAUCGGUAUCCGCCGUUCGCCGUGCUGUACGGGAAGUCCGUGCCCACGCUAUACGGCGCGCGAGUCGCCUCGCGGGAGGCCAUCAAACGGCAAGACGCGUACGACGACCUGGCCUUUGCCGCGGGAGACGGAGUGUGUCUGGCGUCGGCGGCCAUGCUACCCUCCGGAUACCGUGUGAUCAAGGGGGGGUUGGUCAAAAGCGAACGAGGCCAUGUCGGUCUCUUGGGAGAUCUGGAAGGUGUGGGCCAAUGCCUGCAGGCGUUGAUCCGGGGUCGCCGAGAAGGAGUGGGACUGGGGCAGUCCCCUGGUUCUUCGUCUUGAUUGUUGUCUUUUGCCUAUACCCCUCGCCCCUUCAUUAGACGCACAUAUUGCUUACUGGGAGCACCUUAGACUCGAUACCCUCUUACUAUUUAUUGUUUAUGACUAUG